UUCCCUAUGUGUCUUUACUCUACUCCUGCAUCUCUCCAGUGCAAUCUGCUCUAGUGUCCCCUUCUGCUAUAUGUAUCUCAGCUUGGCCUGGCUGUGGGAUUUUCAUGAAUAUCUUCUCCCCCCUUCUCCGUCCAAGCCAUGCAAUGUAUGCAGAGAGGCCGGCCUGCAGAUAUUUCAUUUUCUGCACAUUCCCUUUACUUCUGGCUAUUUGCCACGGCACAAGGCUUCACCGGGAUAACCCACACUCUCUGCACAAGGGACAAGAGCACUUGGACCAUUCCUUACCAUUGGCCUUCGAAGUUGUCGAGCCGGUGAAAGUCGAUGAGAAAGGAAACUUUCUGUCCUACAACUUACAGCACCGAAGAAAACGUAGCGUCGCCUCUCAAGCAAUACAUUACAGAAUUCACCACAAAACCCACAACCUGUUUUUUAACCUGACAUUCAGGGACGGAUUCCUCUCGGAUAAUUUUAUACUUGAAAGAAGAAAUGGAAAUUCCAGCCAUGCACGGAUUUCCCCACAGUUGGGGAAUGGAUGCCAUCUCAUCGGCACGGCGCAACGGGCGCACGUCGGAGGCGGUGUUGCUGCUAUUAGUGUGUGCAAUGGAUUGGCUGGAUUUUUCCGUCUUCCUGAUGGGGACUAUUUCAUUGAGCCAUUUCAUGGUGCUACACAGGUCUCAGGAAAGCCACACCAGCACAUUAUAUACCAGAGGGACUCACCUCACAGGAAUCGCAGGGAACUCCCUAUUUCUACUGGAGAUUUUUGUGCAGUAAAUGAUAAUUCUAAGUCUGUUCUCCAGCAAGAACGUCAGCGUGAGGAAUGGGAGAGGAAGCACCUGAACGGCAGGAAAAUAUCACAACGCUCAGUCAGCAAAGAACGCUGGGUGGAAACCCUUGUAGUUGCGGACACCAAAAUGAUCGCCUACCAUGGCAGCAAUAAUGUGGAAUCCUAUAUAUUUACCAUUAUGAAUAUGGUGACGGGAUUAUUCCACGACCCAAACAUCGGCAACGCAAUUCAUAUUAAAGUGGUUCGCCUUAUUUUGCUGGAAGAGGAAGAGGAAGGACUCAAGAUCGUUCACAAUGCUGAUCAAACAUUGGCCAGUUUUUGUAAAUGGCAGAAGAGUAUCAAUCCAAAAAGUGAUGCACACCCUGCUCACCAUGACGUAGCAGUGCUGCUAACCAGGAAAGAUAUCUGUGCUUCAAAGAACAGUCCUUGUGAAACGCUGGGUCUUUCUCACCUCUCCGGCAUGUGUCAGCCUUCCAAGAGCUGUAACAUUAACGAGGAUACCGGCCUCCCUCUUGCAUUUACUAUUGCACACGAACUUGGACACAGUUUUGGAAUACAGCACGACGGCCAAGGGAACGACUGCGAGAUCGCUGGUAGAAACCCGUAUAUCAUGUCGAGACAGCUACAGUACAAUACUUCCCCCCUAACAUGGUCUCCUUGCAGCAAGGAAUACAUCACCCGCUUUCUAGAUCGUGGUUGGGGAUUUUGUCUUGAUGAUGUGCCAGCAAAGAAAGACCUAAAGCCACCGAUCAUUGCACCAGGAGUAUUAUAUGAUGUCAAUCACCAGUGCCAGCUGCAGUAUGGGCCUAAUGCAACCUUUUGUGAGGAGGUCGAUAAUGUGUGCCAGACCCUCUGGUGUUCCGUGAAGAAUUCCUGUCGCUCCAAACUUGAUUCUGCCGCUGACGGAACCAGAUGUGGCGAGAGUAAGUGGUGCUUCAAUGGCAAGUGCAUUAAUGUCGGAACAACCCCACAAACUAUAAAUGGGGGAUGGGGAGCAUGGACCCCCUGGUCUCAUUGUUCAAGAACAUGUGGUGCUGGAGCGGAGAAUGCAGAAAGGAAAUGUAACAACCCACAGCCGAAAUUUGGAGGCAAAUAUUGUACGGGGGAAAGAAAGCGCUACAGGAUAUGUAACAUACAGCCCUGCCCCAAAGACUAUCCAUCCUUCCGUGAGAUGCAGUGCACUGAAUUUAACACGGUACCCUACAAGAAUGAACUGUACCAAUGGAUUCCUAUUUACAAUACAGAGAAUCCAUGCGAGCUGCACUGCAGGUCCUCCAGCGGGAACUUCGCCAAUAAAUUCCUUGACGCGGUGAUUGAUGGCACGCCUUGCUUUGAGAGGAACAAGAGCCGAGAUGUCUGCAUUAAUGGCAUAUGCAAGAAAGUUGGCUGUGAUUAUGAAAUAGACUCGAAUGCUACCGAGGAUCGAUGCGGCAUCUGCCUGGGAGACGGCUCAAGCUGCCAAACAAUCAAAAAAGUAUUUAAUCAAACAGAUGGAUUCGGUUAUGUUGACGUAGGGCUGAUUCCAAAAGGUGCUCGAGACAUUAAGAUAGAAGAGGUGGAAGAGGCUGGAAACUUUCUGGCACUAAGAAGUGAAGACCCAGGAAAAUAUUAUUUGAAUGGAGCAUAUAUAAUCCAGUGGAAUGGAGAAUAUAAGGUGGCAGGAACAAUAUUUCAUUAUCAAAGGAAUAAUGACACUGAGAACAUAACAGCCUCCGGGCCGACAAACGAGUCAAUCUGGAUACAGCUCCUGUUUCAGGAACACAACCCGGGAGUACGAUAUGAGUAUGUCAUACAAAAAGAUGUCAACUUGGAAAACGAGAUCGAGUCAGUAUACACGUGGAGAUACGGAGGCUGGACAGACUGUAGUGCGACUUGCGGAACUGGGGUUCAGCACCAAAUUUCUCGAUGCGUGAACAAAAAAAGAGGCGUCGUUAAGAAUACCUUCUGUGAUCAAGAAAUGCAGCCAAUCACACGCCAGAAGAAAUGCAAUACUAAGGAAUGCCCGCCCAGGUGGUGGGUUGGACAGUGGCAGCAAUGUUCCACUACCUGUGGGCCAACAGGUGAGAAAAAAAGGACAGUUCUUUGCCUUAAAACAUCAGGAUCUGAUGAAGAAGCCCUUCGGUCUGAGGACUGUCAUCAUCUAACCAAACCCAAAGUAUAUCUGUCCUGCAACAGAGACAUCCUAUGCCCCUCCGACUGGACUGUGAGCAACUGGAGUGAGUGUUCCGUCACUUGUGGUGGUGGAGUCCGGACCCGCAACAUUACCUGUGCCAAAAAUAACGAUGAGCCGUGUGAUUCCUCUAAAAAGCCAAAUAGUAAAGCACUUUGUGGCCUCCAGCAAUGCUACGUACAAAAAACAUUGCCCAAGCCUCCUAUUAAGUACAAUUAUAGGAAGAAAAUAAUAAAGAAAAAAUCUGGUGAUCCAAAGAGGCGCAUCUUCUUACCAAAUAAAAAUCACCGGGUUCAGACGACAACAGGAUUACCCAGAGUGUUCAUGUCAACUUCAUCCACAAAUUCUUCCUCCCCGAGCGUGAAGUCGAUUAAAGAGGAUUUCCAAAUCAACGAAAUUCCGAAUUCUACUCACUUUAACAUAGAUUACAAAUAUAACUUUGUGCUGGUUGAAAACAACAAAAGGAAAGUCCAUGUGAAUGCCACAAGCAUCAGUCCAUCAGUUUCCAACAGGACCAAGGUGGGAAAUAUGGAAACUGGUACAGAAAGCAUCGCUGAAAAAGACUCUCCUCCUAUAUUCACCACCACUCGCCGGCCUGAAGAACUCACCUCAAAAUACCAGCUUCUAACGGAACAACCACAAUCCCAAACAGAGUCAGGAAACAUGAGAGGUUCAACAGUGGAUCCCAAUGGUGACUAUGAUACAGACAUCAACUUUAUCAUCGAAUCAAGGAGUAAAAGACACAAAGGGAAAACAAACCAGAAUCAAAAUCAUCCUGGCACAAAUCUGAAUCAGACAGAAUCUCCAACUAAUUCCUCAAUAUUAAUUAACCAAACACCGUUAAGUACAUAUAAUACUGUCAGUAUAUCAAACACAGAGGGUAAUUCCACCAGAAAUAACCAGGAUUGGCGAGAUGUAGCACCAACAGCCUCAGCACAACCAUCUUUUCUGCAAGUUACAACAAGUAAUACCCCAGAGAAUUCAACCUGGAAAGUAAACAAUGCGUCUAACAGGUACCUCCUGAAUUACACACACUAUGAAAAUGGCACAGGAUUAAACUUUAAUGUGUCCAAAGAGGUUUACUGGAUUGUUGGGAACUGGAGCGAGUGCUCAACAUCCUGCGGCCUUGGGGCUAUGUGGAGACCUGUAGACUGCAGUACUGAAUUCGAUGAUGACUGCAAACACAUUAAAAAACCUGAUCCUGCGAGAAGAUGUCAUCUCCGACCUUGUGCGAGAUGGGAAACUGGAGACUGGACCAAGUGCUCUAAGAACUGUCAAGGUGGAUUCAAGACCAGAGAAGUGCAGUGCGUAGACAUUCGAGAAAACAGACCCCUCCGACCCUUCCAUUGUCAGUCUCCUGGGAAAAAUCCAGAACAAAACGUUUCCUGCAAUACAGAACCUUGUUUGUCGUGGCUUGCUAAACCAUGGAGUGAGUGUUCCAAGACUUGUGGGGGUGGCAUCCGCCAAAGACAAGUGCUUUGCCCAAAAGAGGAUCGAUGCGAUUGGAAGAAGAUCCCGCCAGUCAGUUUACCAUGUAAUGACGAGCCGUGUACCCGGUGGAACAUCAGCUCAUGGAUGGAAUGUUCUGUUCCGUGUGGAGGUGGAACCCAGAGAAGAACCGUUGAAUGUAUAAACACACACAAUAACAGCACGGUACAUCAAGAUCUCUGCCAAAGAACAGAGGCCAAACCUCGACAAACUCAGGAAUGCAAUCAGCCGGAGUGCCAGAGAAACGCAGAAGACCCGGCUUGCAAACGGGACAAGAUGUCGGUUAACUUCUGCCGAACUGUGAAAUCUAUUGGUAGAUGCUCUGUGAAGAGUAUCCAAACGCAGUGCUGCUUUACCUGCAGUCGGCUCUGAACUUUCUUUGAAGAGGAAUAAAAUACAGAUGGACUCCAUGUAAUCUGGAUAAAGGGUUUCUGUAUAACGGAUCCCAUACCUGUAAUAAAACAGCUCUCCCUAUCAGAACUGGAUUCUAUGCCACCCUGGAUAUGUAAGGUGUAUAAGGCUCUGGGCUCAUUUUUGUGGACUUUUUUACGUGUGAUAUUCUGCCCGGAUUUCACAUGGAGGUUAGAGUUUUGGUGCUGUUUCUUAUUGGGGUUUAAUUCCAAGCAAAAAAGAAAACCAUGACAAUUAUUCCGUGUAUCACGGUUCGCAUGUGAAAAACUAAACUGCAAUGCAAAUAAUUUUAA